AUGAAGCAGCGUUUCUCCUCCAUCGACGUCAAGGUCAUCGCCCACGAGCUCCAAGAGAGCCUCACUACCUUGCGACUGGCCAACGUCUACGACCUCUCCUCCAAGAUCCUGUUGCUCAAGUUUGCGAAGCCCGACAACAAGAAGCAGCUCAUCAUCGACUCGGGCUUCCGAUGCCACCUCACCGAUUUCACGCGAACGACCGCCGCCGCGCCCUCGGCCUUUGUCACCCGCCUGCGCAAGUUUUUGAAGACGAGGCGCUUGACGUCGGUUAGGCAAAUCGGAACGGACCGGAUUCUGGAGUUCCAGUUCAGUGACGGCCAGUACCGUCUCUUCCUCGAGUUUUUCGCUAGCGGAAACGUAAUCUUGACCGAUGCCGACCUCAAGAUCCUUACCCUGUUGCGAAACGUCUCUGAAGGCGAGGGCCAAGAACCACAAAGAGUCGGCAUGAACUACUCUCUGGAAAACAGACAAAACUACAACGGCGUCCCGGAUUUGACAAAGGAGAGAGUGCGGGCCGCGCUGGAAUCGUCCGUCAGCAAGACCUCGGUAGCCGCCACGGCAGGGAAGAAGAUCAAGGUGAAGCCGGGAGACGAACUGAGGCGCAGCUUGGCGACGACGAUUACCGAACUACCUCCGAUUUUGGUGGACCACUCGUUCCAGCUUACUGGUUUCGACGGGAAAAUGAAGCCGGCCGACAUCCUCGAAGACGAGUCGCUGCUGGACGCACUCCUGAAGGCUUUGACUCAGGCACGAAGCAUUGUGGAGGACGCGACGAGCUCUGCGACGGCCAAGGGAUACAUUUUUGCCAAGUACCGAUCGAAGCCAGACCACGCGCCCGAGGCCGCACCGCCAGCAGCCGAAGACGAGGAGACGAAGAGGUCCAAUCUUCUCUAUGACGAUUUCCACCCUUUCCUACCCAGCAAGUUCGCUAACGACCCCACCGUCAAGGUUCUUGAGUUUGAUGGCUACAACAAGACCGUAGACGAGUUCUUCUCCUCCCUGGAGGGCCAAAAGCUCGAGUCAAAACUCACGGAACGAGAGGCUGCGGCGCGGAGAAAGCUUGAUGCUGCCAGGUCGGACCAGGAGAAGCGUAUCGAGGGCCUGCGUGGAGCACAGUCCAUCAACGUGCAGAAGGCUACGGCGAUCGAAGCAAAUGUGGAGCGUGUUCAGGAAGCGAUGGACGCCGUCAAUGGUCUCCUCCAGCAGGGCAUGGACUGGGUCGACAUCAGCAAGCUCAUCGAGCGCGAGCAGAAGCGCCGCAACCCCGUCGCAGAGAUCAUCAAGCUGCCGCUCAACCUGGCCGAAAACAAAAUCACGCUAUUGUUGGGGGAGGAAGAAGACAUCGAAGACGACGAGUCGAACUACGAGACGGAUUCGGACGCCUCGGACAGCGAGAACGAGGAGUCGAGCAAUAACAACAAGCAGAAGAACGACAAGCGGCUGGAGAUCGAGGUCGACAUCACCCUGUCGCCCUGGGCAAACUCGAGAGGAUACCACGAGCAGAAGCGAAGCGCCGCCAAGAAGGCGGAGAAGACGGUGCAGCAGUCCCAGAUGGCGCUGAAGAACGCCGAGCAGAAGAUCCAGGCGGAACUGAAGAAGGGCCUGAAGACGGAGAAGGCUGUUCUGCAGCCCAUCCGGAAGCAGAGCUGGUUCGAAAAGUUUAUCUGGUUCGUCUCAUCCGACGGCUACCUGGUCCUCGGCGGCAAGGAUGCGCAGCAAAACGAGAUGCUGUACAAGCGCUACCUCCGAAAGGGUGACGUCUACGUCCACGCCGAUAUGCACGGUGCCGCGACGGUCAUCAUCAAGAACAGCCCGAGCACCCCCGACGCACCGAUCCCCCCUUCGACGCUGGCGCAGGCCGGCACGCUUGCCGUGUGCAGCUCGAGCGCCUGGGACUCCAAGGCCGGCAUGGGCGCCUGGUGGGUCAACGCCAACCAGGUGUCCAAGUCUGCGCCGACCGGGGAGUAUCUCCCGACCGGAAGCUUCAUGGUCCGCGGUCAAAAGAACUUCUUGCCCCCGGCGCAGCUCCUGCUCGGCAUUGGCAUCAUGUUCAAGAUCAGCGAGGAGAGCAAGGCCAGGCAUGUGAAGCACAGGCUGUACGACGGCGCUGGCCUCCAAGCCCCGUCUGCCGACAAGGGGCCCGAGGAGUCUGCAGCGGAUGCUGCUCAGGCCAGAGACGAAGAUCCGGACGAUGUGUCUGACAUUGGCUCCGAGAACAACGACGAGGACGAGGACCCCCGAGACAACCCUCUUCAGAAUCUCGGACAGGACGGACAUGAUGAUUCAGAAGAACGUAUUGCUUCUGGAGAGUCUCCUGUCGAGGAGAUGGAAAAGCUCAAGCUCGAGGAUGGCAAGACGGCAGGCGAUUCCGCCAACGAGGAAACCAAGCCAACCGAGGAUGGCAACAACUAUGACGACGAGGACGGGGAGCAGGAGGAAGAGGAGGAGGAGGAUGAAGCCGGGGACAGUGAUCAGGCUGUCACAGGACAGACAUCGACGCCGGCAGAGCCCGCCGGCGGGCCAAGCUCCAAGGCCAGCGCCGCCGCGAACGACAAGCAGCGGCCCGCCAAGAGAGGCCAGAAGAGCAAGGCCAAGAAGUUGGCGGCCAAGUACAAAGACCAAGACGAAGAGGACAGGGCGGCGGCCGAGGCGCUGUACGGGUCUGCGCGCGGCAAGCAGAGGGCGGAGGCGGAGGCGCAGAGCAAGGCGGAGCGAGAGGCCCAGCUGGCGUUCCAGAAGGAGCGGCGUCGGGCGCAGCACGAACGGCAGCAGAAGGAGACGGCGGAGCACGAGGAGGUCCGGCGGCUGAUGAACGAGGAAGGGGUCGAGGUGCUCGACGCGGAGGAGCUGGGCAAGAUGACGCUGCUGGACGCGCUGGUGGGCACGCCGCUGCCGGGCGACGAGAUCCUCGAGGCGGUGCCCGUGUGCGCGCCGUGGAACGCCAUGGGCAAGUUCAAGUACAAGGCCAAGCUGCAGCCGGGCGCGGUGAAGAAGGGCAAGGCGGUCAAGGAGGUGUUUGAGCGGUGGAAGGCGGACUCGUCGCGCAAGGGCGCGCUCGACGAGCGUUCGCAGGACCGGGAGAAGAUGUGGCCGCGGGAGGUGGAGCUCAUCAAGGCGCUCAAGGCCGAGGAGUCCAUCAACGUCGUGCCUGUCGGGAAGGUCAGGGUGAUGAUGGCCGGCGGGAGCGGCGGCGGCGGCGGCGGCGGCGCCAAGGGGCAGCAGGGCAAGGGCGGACGAGGCGGCCGUGGGUCCAAGAAGAAGUGA